CUUCGCACGCUAAGCGAAUGAAUUGAAUGCCGUCAUGACCCUUGCUAUCCCACGUCUUACGGCCCUUCUCACCGUCGUGGACCUACGGCCUGAUCCCUCUGCUCCAGCGACCCCAUUGUUCUUUUCUCGGAUCCGCCGACUUGCGCUUUGAACACUUCCCCUUACCGGUAUAGAGACUAUUGUUUUCUUUGAGGCGCUGCAAGUUUCUGGACUCCGUUGCAUCGAAAUGGUUCUCCCACAGGUUUUUGUGAAGAACAACAGCCUCCUCAGAGUAUACGUGGAUACGAACAUUUCACGAGUGUUUUCUCUAUGUACUUUAAAAAGCUUGUGGGAAUUGCUGCAACGAGGCAUAACACGCAGGCGAAACACCCAUCCUUACAUCCCGCUCAAUGUCGCCCAUUACCUCCUCGACCAGUACAAAACAUCGUUCCGCGUUGAGCGGCGAUGACGCCCUGAAAGAUCUCUUCGCUCAUCGACCGACCUUUACGAAGCGCCCCGGCUUCAGAGGUAGCCGAGAUACUCGUGGGCCUGCACACUAUGACAUGCAUCUUCAUCCACAACUCAUCCUCAAAGACAUUGUCUACUUCCGUGAUAUGCUCGAUCAACUAUCUAAAGUCGUUGACACCAAAAUCCAGGAUUUCACUUCCAAUUCGCCGACCAAAAGUCUGCCCCGCGUUUCUGCAGCCAGCGUUUUACAUAAAGCCAACGUAUCUACAGAGGUCCAAACUUCCGGGACUUGGGUCGUUGGGCAUGAGGCUGAUCUACAGAAAGCCUAUCCGCGUUUGGAGCAAUACCCUACUUUGGUCGCUUCUACCCUUGUUGCCGGCCUUGAUGACUGGUCUUCUAUCUUCCGAUAUGACGAAAAGCCCAGAGUAGCUUCCACUUGUGCUUUAGCAGACGGCUAUCUAUCUUUGGACAAAGCCGCCAUCAAAACCACUGAUCUUCCCGUCAAAGACAAACUCCAGCUUGUCAUUGAACAGGAUCUAUCAGAUUUUCUGUUCUGGGAGUACAAGAGUAUGAACGCCGGAAGCAUGGGUGUUAUGCUUGCCAUCCACCAUCUGACCGGAUCACAGUUCUCUUGGGUUUCUUGCCCCAGGUCUAAAUCUUGUGAUAACCAAUUUUGCCACAAGAAGGACAAUCGGUUCAAGUUCACAGUUACUGGGUUCAAGACGGGCGUGGAUGGUGUUAUCUUGGAGGACAGGCCCAAUGGUGGUAACGGAGGUAAAAAGGAUGCUGGCCUUGAUUUUGCGUUCGACAAGUCGAGAAUCGACUGCUCCCUAAUAGCAUCUGUCCCUGAUACCAGGCGGUGGAAAUUCAAGGGAUCCGAAUCGCCCAAGAAGAGGGUCAGGCCAGAAUCGGACGUCGGAAAUCAACAUUUGAACGACGAUGACGAUGACGGCGACGAGGGGCACGCCGGAGAUGACGAUGUCGACAAUAAUGAUAGUAGCGAUUCUCCUGUCGCCGUUGAAGAUACCCUACUUUUCACCCAAGGGGAAUAUUCGACAGCCUUAAAAGUGAUUCAACAGAUAUGGGCCGAAGCGGUCAACAUUGAUGCUACAUUCAUGGUUCUGAAUUGCGGAAGCCUGGAGUAUAUUGGCAUACGAGACCGCAAAUUGCAACGUCUUUAUCUCUCUCCUCUUCUGGACCUAGGAAAUCCUGCUCCAGACUCGCCAGGAUAUUUCAAAAUCCAUACCGGUCUCAAUAUAGUCGCGAUCUCUGACGCCAUCAAACGGGCAGAGAAACUGAAAGCACUGAAAGCAAUACGGCGGCUCCCGAAGCUUUACACUUUCAAGUAUGAUCGCAGCGAGAUAUACGAAGACAAGGCGCCAAAAAAGACAAAACGAAGUAGACCAUCGAUAUCUACGAAAACCCCAAGAGCAGCAGUAAAGGCAACGACAUUUGCAGACAGAGACAAGGAGAGCGGCAAGGAUUUGAAUAUCUGGGAGUUGGAUUUCAGUCCUGCAGAAAUCCAGCUCUUCAGACGCCUGAGGGGGGCACAAUCCUUGAAGAUCACAUGGAGGCAAGACAUCUCCGGUCUAGGCUCAGCGAGCAGUAUAAGGAUGACACGACCGACUUGGCCUGCCUACAUCGAUACGUGGACCGAGGAAAUGGAAGUGCUCGUCAUGAGCCAAUGCCCCAAGUCUAAACAUACUUACUCUUGUUAUGUCGACGAUGGACAGACAGCUGUACGUGGCAUUGUUGUCAAGUUCGCAUUGGGCAGGCACGAAAAAGCGGGUCUACGGAACGAAUAUGACAUGUAUGCCAGAUUUCCCUCGAUCGAAGGAAUCGUCAAAGAUUUGGGAAUAGUAGAGCAAUUCGGACUCUAUCAGCAUACGGGUGACCGUAAAAUGGCUCUCGUGCUUUUGGACGGUGGUGAUCCAGUUACGAAAUUUGGGCCAGGUCGCAUACCUGCUGGUAUUUACUCACAAGUUCAGGAAGCAGUCAAAAAAAUGCACUCCGCAAUGGUUACGCACGGCGACCUUAUUCCAGAAAAUAUCCUGAUCACGAAGGAUCCGAAAGAGAAAAGUAGAUGGCAGAUCCACCUGAUCAACUGGAAAAAUGGAAGGGACCAUCGAACAUCCACAGCAGUGCAGAGAGCUUACAACGCUUACGUAUUGAGCACCCUCACAAGAUGCUCACAAAGACUGAAAAGAUGCAUGGAACCCGUCCGGAUACCGCACAAGGUCACCGAUGUGUCUUCGAAGGAGAGGGCGGCAAGGAAAAGAAGGCCGAGGAGGUCUAUGUUUGGAGUCGUUCCAAAGGCCAAGAUUACGUCGGUUGUAAAGGAAAAUCUCCGGAGACGCAGGAAAGCAGUUACAAUGGAUUUGAAGAGGCUACAGGAUCCCGUAUGGCAUAAGUAAGACUAGAGAAUGCCAGGUCAUUGUUCGAAUUUCCGAUGGGAUAUACGCCCGGAGAGGUUUGGUAACAAUAACGACAUUUGAGGGGA